GGGGGCGGGGCCCGAGUGCGCGCGCGGCGCGUCCCUCCCGCCGUUUGCGAGCGGGGCGCGCGGCGGCGCCGGAGAAAGGCGGAGCGGGAGGAGCGGGAGCGGCGCCGAGCACCGGCCACCGGCGGCAGUGCCACUGUGUGCUUUGGAUGAUGGUGGUGCCUGGAAAUGUCCCGGUCAUACAGCAGGAUCAUGCUUUGGAGCCAGCCUUAGGACGAGACUCCAUGGAGAACUCAGCCAUGGGCCCUGCCACGGCACCGGCACCCCAGGAGAUGGGUGCGGAGCUAGCGGAGGUUCGGAAGCUGCGGGAGCUGGUGAGGAGGCUGGAGAUGGAGAACCAGCACCCCAGAUCGAAGAGCAGCAGGAGCGUGCUUGGAACAGUGCAGAGCGAGCUCCAUACUGGUGUGGAUAACCACGGCUCUGGUCUUAAUGGGAUGGAGAUCAAUAACAGCAUCAAUGCCAUCACUGAGAAGCAGGAAUUGCAAAUCAUGGCGGAUCUGCACAGCCAGCUAAGCAAGAUAAGGAAAGAGGCAGAAGACAACAACUGCUUCAAAAGAGAUAUAGAUGCCCAAACGCAAUAUAGUGGCAGCAGUGCCACUGAGGAAUUGUCUUCCAGCGUGUGUAAGGUGGAAGUGAAGGGCCAUGGUGACAUGAGGUGUUCCUCACGUACAGCCACGAGUGAUAGCACAGAGCUGACGGGAAGUGUGGUCCUUGCAGGUGUUGGUUCCUCAGUUAAAACAAAUGAACAAAAUCCCAGUGAGAAAUGUGGAGAAUCAGAAAAUCUGUCCAAUAACACGGAUCUGGAUGAAGUCAAAGUGUUAGAACUUGAAAAUUGCAACGAAGAAGAAGACUGCUGGCUCUACGUAUCCCCGAGGAAAUCUGUGGAUCAGAAAACAGGCUCACCUUUAAAAUGGUGCCGGCAGGUGCUUGAUAACCCCAGCCCCGAGACAGAGGUGGCCUGUCGAACGCUGCUGAGCAGACUCGAUCAAGCCAGUAGAUGGAAAAACCUGUAUUGCAGCCCGCUGGCAUCACCAGGCGCCCAUAAUCUGAAUACAGAGCCAGGCUCCUGUAGCAAUGCACUAAACUCUCCCGGGCAUCUCAAAUCGACUAACAAAGCACUACUAACCUGUGGCAGCUCAGGUUAUCUGAGCAUGCACUCUGCACUGAGCUCUCAGUCAUCCGUGGACAGCGAGCUGAGUACAUCUGAUGACUCCAUCUCUAUGGGAUAUAAACUGCAGGACUUGACUGAUGUCCAGGUCAUGGCACGCCUUCAGGAAGAAAGCCUCCGUCAGGACUGUGCCUCCAGCUCCGCAUCCGUGUCCCGGCGCAGCUCCAGCGCCUCCCUUCACUCCCUGCGCAGAGGGACCUACAGCGACCAGGAGUUCGACACGUACAGCCUGGAGGAUGAGGAUGACUACGACUGCUCCCUGUCGUACCGCAGUGCGCACAGAUACUCACCGUCUCCGCUCAGUUCACCCCGGUGUCAGUCCCCUUCCUCCAGCGCAGAUUACAGCAGGUCAUCCACCUCCCGGAUCCGUCCCCCCAGGAGAUCUGUGCAAAUUCCUAUGCAGGACCGGCUCAAGUAUGCCAACAGCGAGGAGGAGAUGCGGCACAGCAUGCCCAACCUGGCCAGGACCGGCCUCCGCUCCUUGGAGUCCGUAAGGAGCAGUCGGAGCUUGGAGUCGGAUCUGCAGGUGCCAAGCAGCCGAAUUCCCAGAACCCAGCAGCGGUCAGCAGGUCUGGCUCCUGGUAAGCUCAGGUAUUCCUCCAGUGCUGGGCAGUCUCCUUUGACAGUGCGACAGCCGAUGAAGGCAGGGUCAUGCACAAACUCUCUCCUCACACCCAGGCAGCCAGUGAAAGCCUGCAGUUACACAGGUCCUGUCAGUGGAGUUCGAAAGCCACAGGCGUCUUCACAGCUCCACACAGGCUCUUCCAGCAGCACUUGCACUACCAGAAGCAGUAACAUGGUCACUGUGGCAAAAAACUCACCCAUCAAAGCCCGCACGUCUGUUGGGGGGAUCUCGGUGCCCAAGAACAAGCCAAUGCCAGCAUCCCGGAGGUUUCUACAGGCAGCACAGACCACGGAGGACGAUUCCUGGAAGGAUGGGUGCUACUGACAACCCAACACCCCUGUGAAGCAGACCCCAGCUGGCUGGGCAUGCAAUGGAACUCGAGAGACCCAUCCCAUUGCAGACUGAUGUAUAUAGCUCCUCUUCUCUUGCCACAGACUGUCCUCACCAUGUCACCUGCCAAGAGCCCGACCUCGCAGCAGUGGAACAGACAACUCCUUUGCUGCGUUUCCACUGCUCUAAACGUUACUGCAACACGAGUCUUCACAGGAAGACUGAAAAUAGCCUUAUCUCCUUCAAACCUCCACUGCAGCCCUCUGGGACCUGCGCUGGAGGGUGCUGGCUUCAGCAGGCUGCUGAGGGUCCGGGGCGCAGCUUGGAGCUGUCGCUGUGGUGUUCCACAGCAGCAGCUCGGGGAGACUAGAACUAGUUAUAGAGAUGUUAGAAGUGACUUUUUAAACUCAACCUCGUGUUCUCUCGACUCUGUCUGAAACUCAACUGUUUUUUGGUUUGACUUUUUUUUUUUUACUUCUGUAUAGAAUGUGUUCCUGCUCCUUUUUAUUGUUUGUUCUAGAAGACAAAGCAGGUUUUUAUAACUGUAGUAACACUUCAGGCUGUUGUGGUCAACGUGUGUCACCGUUCACAAGUGAAGGAGCAGUACACAAUAUUUGUGUGGGUUUGUGAACAGGCAGGUGCAGGGACAGGGGCUGCUAUUUAAAACCUGCUGUUCAGCAGCAUCUUAACUCAGAUGAAAAGUUAAAUACCAGUUAAAAGUGAACUUUUUAACAAUGACCCUCCCUGCCUGAUCUGACUUGAAGUGUUCCCUCUACCACCCAGCUCCCAACUGCCCUGGGUUUUGUAGCAGAGUUUUCUACUGUCUCUUUGGUUAUGAAGGAUUCUGUUCCAGUGUCCUCUUCCUCAGCAAGUGCUGGAUGCUCUGAAUACAGUCUUAGUACAGAAAAUAUGCACUGAUAGCAAUGUUCUCCCUGCCAUCAAUGUGAUUUUGAUAGUGUAGUUUAAUAAAAUGUUAUGGUGCUGAAAUAGAUCUGCUUUAUUCAAACUGA